AUGUUUAACAAAGUCAUAGAAUCUCUUAAACCAAUUGAAAACGACAUAAAAAAUCCCGGUGUUCUUGUAGACCUUUUCGCCUCAAAAUUACCAGUUACAACUAAUCUAAUAGCAACACAAGCUAUAGAGCAAUUUAUUUUAUGUUUUCCCAAGCAAUAUAGACAACACCUGAGGGAAACAAGAAUAGGAAAAUUUCAAUUGGUGUAUCCUACAACAUACAACUAUUACGAAGAAGCAAAUGAAUAUGGAGAACUCUCGUUCCAUUUCACACUUUCAGUUCCUGAGGGAGAAGAAAAAGCAAUAUAUCAUGUACAAUCUCUUGCAGGAUGUGAAGGAAAACCUCACAUAAUAACUACUGUUGCAAUUGACAAACCUGCAAGAGUCGAAGACGAUGUUUUGUUCGCGUCCAUUGCUGGUUUUGGCAUGGGAGAACCAAUUCCAAUUUCCCAUUUCACAGAAUACUCAGCACAACAUUUUCAAAAUGUAGAAUUCGUGUUCUACGACCAUCAAAAGUUCCUGCUAACAAAACCAAAGAAACAAUUUGUCUCAAUAUUUGUUGCUGGUCAUGUGGCUGACAAAGAGCCAUCAGAUACUGACUAUGAAGAAGAGGAGGAGGAAGAAGAAAACGAUAGCGAUGUCGUUCUUAUCGAAUAA